GCUAUAUUAUCCGGAAACCGUAAAUCAGAGCGUUGACGGGCUACAGAUGGUGAUAUGAUCUAACGGUCCAGAUUGCACGGAACACGGGAGGAAGUGUGAUCCAUCUGCACCCGAUAAUAUAUGCCAUUUUUAAAAAAUUAAAUGGAGCGAGCGACGGAGGAUGCUUCGUUCACAUUCAUAAUGGAGGAAACCGCUGUUGAAAAAGUCCCUUUUGACGAAAGGAAAUGCUUCUCCUUGUUUUACGAAUCCAGAGAUUUCUUCUUCUUCUUCAAUUCUGUAAGUGUUGAGGUUAAGCUUCCAUGGCCACACCGAGCGAAGUUUCGGCUCUUUUGUUCAUUAAGAAGCACCUUCUUGAUGAGACUUCUCCUGUGGCCACCGUCAGUGCCUCUGCCACCUCUGUCGCGGCUUGUUUCCCGGAUAAUCGAUGCAUGAGCGACUCGAUGCUUGGAGUUUCAGGAUCGAGUUGUUCAGUUUCGGAUUCUGCCGAUUGUUCUCGGAAUUCGAGCUCCGCUUCUUCUUCCAUGGCGGUUCCUGACCUCCAGCCAGCUGCCGGAUUCACCGACUUCGCAUAUUUUUCUCCAGGUGGAAACGAUUUCUUUGAACCUGAGACAAAACCCGAAAUUAUCGACCUCGUCACGCCGAAAUCGAAGGAUUUCGUUUCUAGAUCGCUUGAUUUCGAAGCGGAGUUCUCCGAUUUCGAACAGAAAGCUAGAAUUCCUUCUGCUCCGAGUUGGGAUCGCUUUGACUCAGAACUAAAAGCUGAAAUCCCAACUGAAUCGCAAAAUUCCUUCGAGUUUGAGACGAAUUCGUUUGCCGUUUCUGACUCGACCUCCCAUUCUAAACGGAAUCCGCCAUUGAAGAUCUCGUUGCCAAGCAGAACAGAGUGGAUAAUCUCCUCCGUCGCAGAGAAACCGAUCAGUCAAGGACGGUCAAUAGUGGAGGAAAAGAGGCAUUACAGAGGAGUGAGGCAAAGGCCGUGGGGAAAAUUCGCAGCGGAGAUCCGAGACCCCAACCGACGAGGAUCUCGGGUGUGGCUCGGGACCUUCGACAGCGCCAUAGACGCGGCCAGGGCCUACGACAGAGCAGCGUUCAAGCUCAGGGGCUCCAAGGCCAUCCUCAACUUCCCGCUAGAGGCUGGGAAGUGGAAUACAAGCCCCCCCAUUGAUGACGCCGACAAGAAGCGGAAGAGAAAUGAGGAAGAAGGCGAGAAGGCGGCGGAAAAGGUUCCGAGGAAGGAAGAGGGUGAGGCCAUGGAGGCAAAGUCAACGGCGUUGACAAGCUGGUCAGCCGUGUGUGAAUGGGACUUGACGGAGUUCUUAAACAUGCCUCCUUUAUCGCCUUUAUCGCCUUUUGGAUAUCCACAAUUGGCUGUUGUUUGAUUUACGUUCUGCUGACGUGGAUUCAUUUGGGUUGAUGGAAACGACGUCGUCUAUUUCAUUCUUUCUUAUCAUCUGUCCAUGUUUUAUUUGUUUGCAACAUUGAGAGAGAAUGUUAAGCUUUUUCCAAAAGCACAAAUCUUAACAUUGGCAUAUGAAAAGUACAUGUGGUUUAUUUG